AUGCCCAGAGCCAUAAUUGCUAUAACCUCCUACAGCGCUCCUUUUUUUCCAGAUGGAAAGACGACUGGGUUGUUCUUAGUUGAAGCAUUAGAGCCUUACAGAAUUUUCAAGGAAGCUGGUUUUGACGUUGAUUUCGCUUCUGAGACUGGAACUUUUGGUAUCGAUGACAACUCAACCCAACCAGACUUCUUGAACGGUCAGGACUUGGAAGACUACAAUAACAAGAGCUCUGAUGUUUCCAUUGCUUUGGCCAACAUCAAGAAGGCAUCUGACAUUACCACUCCUGAAGAAUAUGACAUCUUCUAUGCUUCUGCUGGUCAUGGAUGCCUUUUUGACUACCCAAAGGCUGACAACUUGCACAGAAUUGCUGCUACUAUCUACGCCAAGGGAGGUGUUGUUGCUGCUGUGUGUCAUGGACCGGCUAUCUUCGACAAUUUGAACGAUUUGACUACUGGAAAGCCAAUUAUUCAAGGCAAGACCAUCACUGGAUUCACUGAUGUUGGUGAAACCAUCUUGCAAGUGGACCAAAUCAUGAAGGACUUGAAAUUGGAAACCAUAAGAGAAACAGCUGAAAAGCUUGGGGCCAUCUACAAGGAGCCAGAGGGUCCAUUUGUUGAUUUCUCUCUUAUCGAUGGAAAGGUUGUCACUGGAGUCAACCCACAAUCAGCCAAGUCCACUGCCGAAAAUGCUAUCAAAGCAUUGAAGGCAUAG